AUGGAUCUCGUCGUCGGCGCCUCAAACAACGCCGUGAAAUCGCUGGUGAACAAGCUCGGGAGCCUCCUCGCACAGGAGUACACCCUGAUCCGUGGCGUCCGUGAUGACAUCCAGUACAUCACCGACGAGCUGGCCAGCAUGCAGGCCUUCCUCAACAAGAUUAAGCGGGUGGGCGACCAUGACGAGCAGCGCCUGGACUGGAUGAAGCAGGUCCGGGAGGUGUCCUACGACAUCGAGGACUGUGUGGACGACGUCGACCACCGCCUCAGCAGCGAGCCCCGUGGGAGCGGAGCGCUGGUGUAUCUCCGGAAGAAAUGGUAUCUGCUCACCACGCUGUACGCGCGCCACUGCGUCGCCACGGAGAUCGGCAACCUCAAGGCCCGGGCGCAGCACGUCAGCGAGCGGCGCACCAGGUACGGCGUGGAGAACACGGGAAACGUCGAAAACACGGGAGCCAAUGAUCCCCAAGACCGUCUAGUGCCUCCUCCCCAGCUCUUCGGCACCAAGGAGCCGGUGGGCUUGGAGGAUGCCAUGAAGGAGCUAGAGCCAUGGUUCUCCAAUGGGAGCCAGCAAAGCACCGGUAAUCAGCUCAGAUUCCUUGCCAUUUUUGGGUCUGGUGGCCUAGGCAAGACCACUCUUGCCAUGGCGCUUUACCGCAAGUUCGGAGACGAUUUCGGUUGCAGAGCAUCCGUGCUUGCCUCCCAGAAAUUCAAUCUCCGAACAGUUUUGGGAAGGCUUAUAAAGACAUUCCAAGAGCAGCAGUCCGGUGCAUCAAUGGAAGAGAUCGAGGAAACUGACAAAUUGGGAGAAGAGGAUCUUAAAAGUAAACUGGACAAUCUACUAAAGAAGAAGAGGUAUCUCAUCUUGAUAGAUGACGUUUGGUCUGUAUCAGCAUGGGAAAAGUUUAGGGAUUCUUUGCCCAAAAAUGAGAAAGGCGGUACCAUAGUGGUGACAACAAGGUUCAAAUCUGUGUCCGAAGCCUGUCGCCGAAGAAAUGGCCGUUCCUACGAGCACAAGCCACUCCUUGAAGAAAGUUCCUACAACCUGUUUCUUGAAACAAUCUCUGGUGCUGUUAUUGAUGAUCUUUGUAUUACAAGACCCAUUAAUAGUCCGAUGAUCAUGAAAGCGUGCAGAGGUCUGCCAUUAGCCAUCAUCGUAGUAGCAGGUCUUAUGGCUAGUAAACUGAAGGCAAACCAAGAGUCAAACCUGGACAGCCUGUUGGAAAAGGUUGACAAAGAACUAAGUGCAGUUCAUGCAGUUCUGGGGAACAAUCUCACUACGGAAGGAGUGACACGGAUACUUGACCAAUGCUACAAAGAUUUGCCAGCUGAUCUGAAAACGUGCUUGCUGUACUUGAGCAUGUUUCCCAAGGGUUGCUUGAUCAGUAGAAAGUGCCUCCUCAGAAGAUGGAUAGCCGAAGGGUUCGUUGUCGAGAAGGACGGGAAGACCGUCGAGGAAGUUGCUGAGCACUGUUUCAGUGAACUCAUUGACAGGAACUUGGUCCGUCCGGUCAACAACAGCAGCAACGGCAAGGUGAAGAGCUGUCAGAUUCAUGACAUGGUUCUGGAGUACAUUGUUGCCAAGUCAAGCGACGAGAAUUUCAUCACUGUGUUUGGUGGUCACUGGCAAACGCCAUUUCCGAGCUACAAGGUGCGUCGUCUGUCCGUUCAGAGGAGUGAUGGGAAAGAGAGUGAAAAGGUAGGGAGGAUGAGACUGUCCCACGUCAGAUCCUUAACGGCACUAGGGAGUUUGAGAGCGCUUCAUUCUACUUUGCACAAGUUUCAGAUACUGCAGGUGCUAGAUCUUGAAGGCUGCAAGGAUUUGUCAUACAAGCAACUCAAGAAAAUAUGUAAAAUGCACCAGCUGAAGUACCUGAGCUUACGCCAGACGGACGUAAAGGAGGUCCCGACCAAAAUUGGCCGGCUGGAAUCUCUGGAAGUACUUGACAUAAGGGAGACGAGCAUCACAAAAUUGCCUGAGUCAGUUGAUAAGCUUCAGAGAAUGGAGCACCUACUUGCUGGCAAUAAGAACAAGCGGCAUGCAUUGAAAUUAACUGAAGCAAUCACAAAGAUGACGGCUUUACAGACACUAUCUGGGGUUGAGAUCUGUACUGAUUUAGCAACUGAAGUGCUUAGAGACUUGCAGAAACUUACCAACCUGAGGAAAUUCACCAUUUAUAAGGUUAGUUGUACCUCGAGCAAUUUUGAGUUAUUGCUGUCUGCCAUUGAGCAUCUGAGCAGUUGCUCCCUCAAGUAUCUUGCAAUUGAUGAUGAUUUCACUGGAUUCCUUGACACCUCACUGAAUGCUUCACAAGCCCCACCAGAGCACCUGCACACCCUUGGGCUCUCUGGCAAGUUGUCUCAAGUGCCCGAGUGGAUUGUCAGUCUGCACAAUCUUGAGAAGCUAACCUUGUCGUUAACUUCACUCACGACGGAUGCUCUGGUGGUUCUUGCCAAGCUGCCCGAGCUGUUCUCUCUCAUUUUCUCACUCGACUCAACCAGCAACAAUGCAAUUGUUCUCAAGACCCUUCAUGAUAACACACUCAAGUCAGAUGGCAACAUCUUUGUGCCACCUGAGGGAUUCCAAAAGCUUAAACUGCUACGCUUUGCAGCACCUGUGCUGCCACCUCUGAGCUUCCUAGAAGGGGCAAUGCCGGUGCUUCAGAGGAUUGAGCUAAGAUUCAUAAUGGUGGAGGGUGUCUAUGGCCUGGAAAAUCUUUCAAGUAUCCAACAGGUAGUGCUUACUGUCAGCAGUCAGGCGCCUAAAGAUGCCAAGGAAAAGGCACACCAAAUCAAGGAACUAGCAAGCAUGAUUCAUGGGAAGAGUAAUGCUCUCAGUGUGGUUCUCGAUGAGUACAACGAAUCAACAGAACAGAAGUAG